ACCCUAACACUCUAUAAAAGCUCACCGUCACUCGUUGUUCUUACUCAAGUCUCUUGAAUCUCUCACGGCUAGGCUCUGCUCUGCUCUGCUCUUCUCUUCUCGUUUCUUCGAUCUUAGAAGUUAGAGCAAAGAACUGCAACCAUGCUGGUUUACCAGGAUCUUCUUACAGGCGAUGAACUUCUCUCUGACUCGUUCCCUUACAAGGAAAUUGAGAAUGGAAUCCUCUGGGAAGUUGAAGGAAAGUGGGUUGUUCAAGGAGCAAUUGAUGUAGAUAUUGGUGCUAACCCUUCCGCAGAAGGCGGAGAAGAGGAUGAGGGUGUCGAUGAUCAAACUGUCAAAGUAGUUGAUAUUGUUGAUACUUUUAGGCUUCAGGAGCAACCAGCUUUUGAUAAGAAACAAUUUGUUACUUUCAUGAAGAGAUACAUUAAGUUGCUGACAGCCAAAUUAGAGCCAGAGAAGCAAGAGCACUUCAAGAAGAACAUUGAGGGAGCAACUAAGUUCCUCCUCUCAAAGCUCAGUGACCUUCAAUUUUUUGUUGGGGAGAGCAUGCACGAUGAUGGAAGCCUGGUGUUUGCAUAUUACAAGGAAGGUGCAACUGAUCCUACUUUUCUCUACUUUGCUCAUGGAUUGAAGGAAGUCAAGUGUUAAGCACCUGGUUCCGAGACUUUGUAUCGGUUUGCAGACGCAUUAGUUAUAUGAAGAUCUCUUAUAUUUGAGCUAGAUAAAAAAAAUCUUCAUAAUUUAGUCUGUUGUGUUUUUGGGAUUUGGUAUUCUUUAGUAAUUGACAUUGAGUGUUCAUUGUUAUGUUAUAAGGAGAGCUUUGUUUCCAAGAUUUGCUUUCCAAGAUGUUUUCCUAUAUUUAUUUUUA